AUGAUGGAAAACCCCUUGCAUUCAUCGACUCUCGCCACCAAAACUGGCGGCAUGCGUAAAUCAAAUUCGACGCGUAGCCUCGCGUCUUUAGCGGACGUUCAAGCGCUGAUUCUCGCUCAGGAUGAGGAAGAGCAAGCGCAUCAGCGUCGGAAAUCAUUGGACAAACCGCCACGUCACGCUAGCAUUCCCAUGUAUGCGCAGAUUUUACUCCAGUUGUGGCAACGUGAAUUACAACGCAACGACGUGAGCCUCACGACGGAUUUCUUUUACGAUCUCAAUGGCUCAGAGGAACAAGGCGCCCAUCUUGUUGGCUGCAUGCAAGCGCUAGGAUUUAACAUUACGGUGCCACAAUUUCUAGCGAUGCAUCGAUGCACCAUUUACUCGAUCUUGCUGGUGGCGCUCUGA